AUGGCGGCGAAUCCCGCACAGAUGGGGCAGUUGACGCAGCUGCUCACGCAGACUGUGGCAGGAAAUAUGGAGGUCAUGAAGGCUGCGGAACAGCAAUUGCGAGCGGCAGAAGUGCAGUCAGGGUUCGGUUUAGUUCUUCUGGAGCUUCUCCGCUCUGGCAGUGUUGAAGCAGCUGCUAGGCAAGCUGGAGCCAUAUACUUUAAGAACUACAUUCGACGGCAGUGGUGCAUAGAAGGUGCUGGUGGUAUUGCCGCUUCUGACCGGCAAGCCAUCAAGCAGCACAUUCUUUCGCUGAUGCUCCAGGCACCGAAACAAGUCCAGGUUCAACUUUCGGCUGGUUUGGAAGAGAUUUCCAUCACAGACUAUCCAGCAGAGUGGCAGUCGCUUUUGCCUGAGAUUGUGCAGCACCUGAAGACUUCGCAGGACAUGUCCGUACUGAAAGGCACCAUGCAAACAGCACACACGGUCUUUCUGAAGUUUCGGGCUCAGGCCAGAUCGGAAGAUUUGCUCAGGGAAGUCAAGUACACCGUUGAAGGCUUUCAAGAGACCCACCUGGCAGUUUUCAAAGCAAGCUGUGGGCAAGUGCUUCAGGGCAAUCUGCCUCCGGAUCAGCUGAUCGCUCACUUUGAGCUGCUGUUGGCUACUACAGGUGCAUUUUAUUCCUUGAACGUCAUAGACCUACCAGAGUUCUUCGAGGAUCAUAGAGAGGAGUACUUCAGGGGCUUUCUUGAUCUGCUGAAGUUCCAACACGAGGCUGUUGCAGGCAAAGACCAGCAGGGUCUUCUCGAGCAGGUGAAAGGUGCUGUUUGUGAGUGCCUUGUUCUGUAUGCAGAGAAGUAUCAAGAGGAGUUUAUGCCUUUCCUGCUUCCCUGCGUCCAGGAGGUCUGGAGUCUUCUUGUAGGCCUCGACCAGCAGGAGAAAAACGACCAGUUGGUUGCCAAAGGGAUUCAGUUUCUUUCGUCAACUGCAGCGACUCAGUGGCCCCAGUCUCCUUUCGAGGAUCCCAACGUCCUGUCGGGCAUUUGUGAAAAGGUGGUCUUUCCAAAUGUCUUGCUGCGAGACUCAGACAUCGAGCUGUUUGAAGACAAUCCCCUAGAGUAUGUGCGGCGGGACAUGGAAGCCGCAGACCAGGAAACGAGGAGAAGAAGUUCCAUGGACUUGGUCAAGGCAAUGGGUCGUCUGAACGAAGCCAAGGUCACAGAGAUCUUGAUCGGUUACGUGAAAGCCCUGAUGGAAAAGGCAGCUUCAGCUGGUGCAGGACAGGCAGAGCGCUUCAAGGAUGCUUGCAUCUUUCUGUGCAUUGCCAUGGCCGUGCGGGAACAGACCCACAGAGAAGGUGUCACGGUGACGAACCAGAACGUGAAUGUGCUUCACUUCUUCACGUCACUGGUGGCGCCUGAGCUGACUGCGGAGCCUCUGUCGCAGCGCUCUGUUCUUCGAGCUUCGUGCCUGAAGUUUGUGACGGUGUUCAGAAACCAGCUUCCAAGAGAGCAAGUUGGCCAAGUACUGCCAGCCGUGUGCCGCCACAUCACUUCCGAGAGUCCUGUGGUGCACACCUACGCUGCGAUCUGCAUUGAGAAGCUCUUGAGAGUAAGGGAUGCAACGCCCCAGGGCCAGUUGAUGCCCCGCUACGACCCACCGUCCAUGAAAGGUCAGCUGCUCCAGAUGGUUCAGCCCAUUCUUCAAAUUAUUGCCAGCAAUAAGGGCAUACCCAUGAACGAGUAUCUCAUGCGGACUGUUGCACGAAUCUUCAGCUUUUUGAAGCAGCAGGGCAGCGAGUCGGGCUUGGCAACGCUGAGCCCGCUCUCGGCCAUCCUGUUGGCGAUGUCUGCCAAUCCUUCGAACCCUGUUUUCAACCAUUGCCUCUUUGAGGCGGUUGCCUCCAUCGUGAAGGUGUGUGUGCCAGCGCAGCCUGAUGCUGUGGAAAGCGCCCUGCUGCCCACCUUUGGGCAGAUCCUCGAGAGAAAUGUGGUGGAUUUCCUGCCGUAUACUUUUCAAAUUAUGGGCCUAUUGCUUGAUGCCUCGCCAAGUAUUAAGCCCCUGUACACGGAGCUUUUUGCAAGGCUUUUGACGCCUGAGCUCUGGCGGUCCCAGGCAAACGUGCCGGGCCUGAUUAGACUUUUGCGUGCUUAUUUUGCGAAGCACGCUGGUUUUGCCGAGCUGCUGAGGACGCACAUGCAGGCGAUCCUCGAAAGGUUCCAGUUCGUCCUUAUGAACCGGAAGACCGAGGUAGCAGCAUUAGAUUUGCUUAAUGCAAUGUACCAGUACCUGCCGAUCGAGUUUUACCAGCAGUUUCUGAAGACGUUGAUGACCGUUUUGUUGACUAGACUGCAAAGCAGCAAGUCACCAAAGUUCAAGCGGGACUUUGUUGUCUCAUGCUCGCUUUGCAUUCACAAGAACCAGUCAGUCAUACCUCUCUUCAAUGAGAUACAGGCUGGCCUGCUAAGCAACCUCAUGCUCAACAUUUGGCCACCCGUGCUGAAAAUGCCGCUGAGAACAGACGAACGCAAGGUGUGCGUCAUGGCGGUUGCCAAGCUUCUGUCCCUGGACGAGCUGAGACAGAACACGCAGCUGGUGGCUACUUGUGCCGUGGGGAUUGUCCAUCUGCUGGGCCUUUCAUCAUCGAACAACAAAUCAAAGUUGAACGGUGACGACGGUUCGGAUGAUGAGCCCCUGGAAAAUGGGGGUGCAGGUCAGGAGUAUGAGGUAUCCUUCAACAAGCUUCAGAACACUGACCUCCCUGGUGCUGCAGCUGGGCUGGCACCAGACGUCCCUGAGCUGCAGUCGGCGGCGAAGGCAGCCCUGAAGCCUGUCCUGGGGCGGCAGCAGGCGCUGGUGGAAUUUGUGGAGGAAGCGGAGGUGGUGGUGGAGGACGACUUCGGCAUUGUGCUGCCAUGCAGAUACGGCGUGGAGGAGGAGCUGUUGACGAUGAUGUGUUCAGCAGGAGAGCUGCCCUCUUCGGCGCGUGGCACUAUCCUCACGGAACCAAUGCUGGAGCAGGUCAUGGAAAGUGCUUGUUCCCAAAUUUCGCGAUGGAAUCCGGAGGAGUGGAAGAGCAUUGCGACUCUGCAGGAAGCCGGCAAAAAUCGAGCAUCUGUGGGCUCUGUUGAGCGGAAGACUGACCACCUGGCCUUGGCUGUGAAGCGGCUGCCCAACAGGUGGAUGAAGAAGCGGCACAGAGAGUUUGCAGAGAGCAACCCGCAAAGUUCAGAGAAGCCUUGGGUCGACAUUGGAAUGCUUCGGUACCUCAAUGCUCUGGGGUUUCCGCAUGUUUGCGAUUUGAUGGGCAUCUUCCGCGAUGAUGACUUCACUUAUGUAGCAACAGUGUUGGCCACUGAGGGAGAUCUUUUCCACUGGGUGGAGCAAGCUACCUGCUCACCUGGCAGGGAGCGCGAGAGCAUCAUUCGUCCUAUGGUGGCGCAGGUGUUUUCAGCCGUGAAAGAGCUUCAUGAGCUUGGAAUUGCGCACCGGGACAUCUCACUUGAGAAUCUACUGCUGACGCAGGGUCCAGAUGGAGGACCUCAAAUCAAGGUGAUCGACUUCGGCAUGGCCACGCUGUCACAGCGAUGCAGUGCUGAAGUUCGUGGCAAGCAGGCUUACCAGGCCCCUGAGAUGCAUACAGACAUUGAAUAUGACGCUUUCCUCGCGGAUAUCUUUGCGGCUGGAGUAGUUCUAUACGCCAUGGCUCUGAGCGACUACCCUUGGACAUGCACAAGAUCAGGAUCUUGCGGCAUGUACGAUUUCAUACAUUCUUGGGGUUUCCAAGAGUUCAUCAAGUACCGCAAGUGCCGAGCUGCCUCGAAGACUUACAUAGUCCAGGUGUUGUCGCCUUCACUAUGCGAGCUCAUGGAGGGUCUCCUUGAGCUGCACCCUGAAGAGCGAUUCUGCCUCGGAGAGUCCUGUUUUGAUGCACGUGGUGCGAAUGGCCGGUGGUCCGUCUGGGAUAUGGCAUGGAUGCAGCGAGCCCCGCGAGAGACUUGCACGCUUUGCUAG